AUGAUAUCUCUAGUCGUCAAUGUUUUGGCUUCUUGCUCCUUAAACCCUUCGCCUAUAACCCAUAUAAAGCCCUGCUCGUCCGAGGCUUUGGUUCGUAACAAUCCAUGUUUAUCGAGCUCAUCUUCGUCAAAUUGUUUAGAUUCCACUGAUCUUAAGUUCAUAGCUGAUCACCGAAAGAGUCUUGCUCUUGAAGACAAAGCGGCCGCCCGCUCAUGGCGCUUUGUGAUAGAGACUCCCGAUCUUGAUGAUAAGGAGACAUUGGAUGCCUUAUCCCCGAAUGAUGAUCGGGAUAACCAUGAUGUUUCUCCCCAAGGCCAUGCUAUUGUUAAGGUUGGGGAUUUCCUAGAUCUUCCCGAGGCCAAGGAGGAAGACGAUGCUGCUCCCUUUGAGCUCAAAGACUUAGAUAGUUGGGGAGAUUCUCUCGGGUGCAGACUCGGUCAGUGCAUAGGCUUCGAGCGGUUCGACAACCUUUCGUCCCUUGUAACUUACGAGACGAUUGAUACGAUGCAUCAAAAAUAG